AUGUCAACUGACCUUACUCAACUUCAGAAAGAAAUAGUGUCUGGUUUAACAGCAGGUACUUUAACUACUUUAAUAGUACAUCCAUUAGAUUUAAUUAAAAUUCGUUUACAGCUAUUGGUAACUUCCCAAAACAACUCUUCUGGUUAUGCACAAAUUAUUAAAAGUCUAAUAACUAGUCAAAAGAAUCAUCCAAUUAAAGAAAUUUAUCGAGGGUUAGCAAUAAAUAUCUUUGGUAAUGCAAUCGCUUGGGGUUUAUAUUUUGGAUUUUAUAGAACUUUUAAAGAUUAUUUAUAUAAUAAUUAUACUCUAAGUUUGAAAGACUUGCCCAAGUCAAACUUAUCCUCAGACUCAAAAGAUGCUCAGUUAACGCCAUUGAUGUAUUUAACUGCAAGUGCAUGCAGUGGUAUUUCUACAACAUUAAUUACAAACCCAAUAUGGGUAUUAAAAACUAGGAUAAUGUCAACUAGUGUACAAAAUCCAGACUCCUAUAAAUCAAUCAAAGAUGGUCUAACAAAAUUAUUAAGAACUGAGGGAAUAUCAUCACUUUGGCGAGGCUUGAUACCUUCAGUAUUCGGUGUAGGUCAAGGUGCAAUAUAUUUUAUGACUUACGAUUCCUUGAAAAAGAAAGUAUUAUCUUAUAAGAUAGUUAAAACAAGUAGUGCCUAUGAAGAGAUUUCGAAAAAUAACAGCAUAUCCUUGAAUACCUUUGAAAUUAUAUCAAUAACCUCUUUAAGCAAAAUGUUUUCUGUUUCAACUACCUACCCUUUCCAAUUAAUUAAAUCAAAUUUACAAAGUUUUAACGCUUAUAAUCAUAACUAUAAACUACUUCAAUUCAUAUCAACAUUAUAUAAAAAGCGUGGCAUAAGAGGUUUCUAUAAAGGAUUAUUAACAAAUUUAGUUAGAACAGUACCUUCUACCUGCAUUACAUUCUGUACUUACGAAUGUUUUAAAAAACAUUUAUGA